AUGUCCUCCGCUGCUUCCCCUACAAAAUUCGAUAAGGACACGGUCAUCACCGUGUUCGGUGCCUCCGGUGAUCUUGCCAAGAAGAAGACUUUCCCAGCGUUGUUCGGUCUGUUCAGAGAGGGGUACUUGGACCCAAGCACCAAGAUCUUCGGGUACGCCAGGUCUGAACUGACAAAGGAAGAUUUGAAGGCCAGGAUCGUGCCACACUUGAAGAAUGCGACUUCUGAGAAAGUAGAGGCGUUCUUCGAAAUGGUGGAGUACGUGCACGGUGCUUACGAUAAGGAUGAGGGGUACUUGAAGUUGAAGAAGGCCAUUGAGGCCGUCGAGGCAAGAAGCUGGAUCGAUGAGCCUCACAGACUGUUCUAUUUUGCGCUGCCACCCUCUGUGUUCUUGAGUGUCGCUCAGAAGAUUAAGGAACUCGUUUACUCAAAGACGGGGAAGACGAGGGUCAUUGUUGAGAAGCCAUUCGGGCACGACUUGGCCAGUGCUAGAGCUUUGCAGGCCAGUCUGGCCCCAUUGUUCAAGGAGGAGGAGAUCUUCAGAAUCGACCACUACUUGGGCAAAGAGCUUGUCAAGAACUUGCUCGUUUUGAGGUUCGGUAACACGUUCUUGAACUCUACUUGGAACAAAGAGUCCGUUCAGAGUAUCCAGAUCUCGUUCAAGGAACCAUUCGGGACUGAGGGCCGUGGUGGGUACUUCGACAACAUCGGGAUCAUCAGAGACGUCAUGCAAAACCAUCUGUUGCAAGUAUUGACUUUGUUGACCAUGGAGAGACCUGCCUCUUUUGACCCAGAAUCCGUCAGAGACGAAAAAGUUAAGGUUUUGAAAUGUAUGGCUCCAAUUGACCUCGACGAUAUCUUGAUCGGCCAGUACGGGAAAUCAGAGGACGGUACUAAACCUGCUUACUUGGAUGACGAAACCGUUAAACCAGGAAGCAAGUGUAUCACUUUCGCGUCCAUGGCUUUCAAGAUCCAGAACGAACGUUGGGAAGGUGUCCCAGUCGUCAUGAGAGCGGGUAAAGCUUUGAACGAGGGGAAAGUCGAAAUCAGAAUGCAAUUCAAGAGCGUCGCCUCAGGUGUCUUCGCAGACAUCCCAAACAACGAACUGAUCAUCAGAAUCCAACCAAACGAGGCCGUAUACGUCAAGUUCAACGCAAAGGUCCCUGGGUUGUCCAAGGAAACCCAAGUCACAGACUUGGACUUGACUUACUCAAAGAGGUACCAGAACUUCUGGAUCCCAGAAGCCUACGAGGUCUUGAUAAGAGACGCUCUAAUGGGAGACCACUCCAAUUUCGUCAGAGACGACGAAUUGGACGUCUCUUGGUCCUUGUUCACUCCACUCUUGGAGUACUUGGAAGGUCCAAACGCUCCACAGCCAGAGAUCUACCCUUACGGCUCCAGAGGUCCAAAGGGCCUAAUGAACUACUUGGCAAACCACAAGUACUAUAUCGACUUGGAAAAGAGAAAGUACUCUUGGCCAGUUACCAAGCCAAACGACACUCCAAAGUAA